GAGGCAGGUUUGCUCUGCCUCCCUGGGGGUUUGUCUGGGGACUGAAAGGAGCUUAUCUGGCGACAAAAUAAGCUCUUCUUUAGUGGACUUUUUUCCUUAAAGAGGCUGUGUAACUUUAACCAAGAAUAAAUGAGCCAAGAGCUUUCAUUAAGAAACCCUGCAGCUGAGUGGAGGCUCUUAAAUUUCAGAAUUCAGAGCACUGCUGCCUUGCUGUUUGUGGAGCUAAGACCUUCAAUGCAUCACGCAGACUGUGUGUGGUUUGGUUUCUUUCCGCUUAUAUUAUGUCCUAUAGCAGCUGAAUCAGCAGCAAAUCUAUGCCUUGGUGGAAAACAUCCAGAUAGGUUAAAAUGUCUGCAGAGAAGUAGUGCUAACAAGAAUGGAGAUGCAUCCAGUUCUGUUGUAGAAGAAUCUAUGUAAAGAUGCUGCAGAGUGAGCAAGAACAGUUCUUGUCCUACAAUGGUGAAGUCCUUAUAUUUCAGCUGUCACAACCAAAACAUGUGGAGGGAGCAGCUGAUAAAACAGUGGAUUUAUGUGUCAGAAGAAUGAGCUUCAACAGAGACACUAAGGUGUUUGUUCAGAAGUCUUCUGGAGAAUUCAGCAUGCAUGGCAGUCCUUUGAAAAUGGAAAUCGUUUGUUGUAGCUGCACAACAGAUUCCAGAACUGGGAUUAUCCUUCCCUGCAUUUUGCUGAAAAGGAAAAAAAGGAACAAUUUUGUUAAAUACCUUUUGCUUUUACUUCACAGCUCAAAUCAGUUUGAGCAGUCCUUUCAGUUUAAAUUGGAUUAUGAGCUGAAAGAAGACAUCAGGCUGUUUUCUGGCCCUUCAGUCUUGUGGAGGCAUGCUAACAAGCUGUUCUACAUCUCUUCCAGCACCUGCACAGUUCUCAGUGCUCCUGUUCAGCUUUCUUCUGUUGUGUGGACAGGUGAAAUCAGGGAUGAAGGCCCUGUUGUCUUAGGGAUAAGAACUGCUUGCCUGACGGAAAGUGAACCUGAGACUGAGUUUUCCACUUCAGACCAAGCUAUCUGGGGUAGCGAGUUGUUUGGCUAUGCAGUCAAAGCACAGAAGAUGCUGCCUGGCACAUGCUUUAUGCCUCAUGCUUAUGGCAGCGUGGUGACCUCUGUCUGUGUCUGCAAGAGUGAAGUGCUGAGAAAACAGCUUUGGACAUCACUUGUGGCCAUAACUCGCAAGAAUCAUCUGAUCUGGUUCCAAGGUGGUCUUCCCAGAGGCAUUUGUGAGCUUCCUUAUGAGGAACCAUACUCAGUAAACACAGCUGUAACCAGCAGCAAUGGUUUACUGUUUGUUGUGUCUUUUGACUCUGGAAAUGUCUGUGUUGUGCAGAGGAGAGGCAGUUUGCAGGUGGCUUCCAAGUGGCAAAAAGUGAAGUGUGUUCUGGUGGAUGAUUUCAUCGGCUCUGGAAGCGAGCAGCUGUUACUGCUCUUCAAGGAUAGUUCCAAUCCAGAUGUGCUGAGUACAUUCACAAUAACAGAUCUUGGAGCAGUCAGCUAUGCAAGUGAUAAUACUUACAAGCAUAAUGUUUCUGCUGCAGAAGGAUUGCAGGAGAAUGGGUUGCUUACUGUCCGAGCCCUUGAGACAAGAUUACAGGCUGGUUGCACAGCUGUUCGAGAGCUGCAGCAGCAUUUAGCACUCCAAAAGAGGGUUAUUCUUCAGUCCUGUAAAGCAUUAAGGGAUCUUGUUGAGGGCAGAACCCAUGUUCUACCAACUGCCAAAGAGGAAGGUCUUGUCCCUCUUUGGGAUGAGGUAGAAGAUCCUCCUCGUUCUCUUGGUCAAGAGAGACCACUGGCACACCAAGUCCAAGAGCGCUUGGUAGAGAACUUGUGGCAGCGUGUUGUGGGGGACAGCCUGGUCAUUGGAGUGCAACUGGCUGCAACAUUUCACUUGUCCCUGAGUGAUGCCAGUUUAUCUUUGGUGAUGAAUCAAGACUUCUCUUUGAGUGCUCCCAUUAUCAAGUGUCAAAAUAAAGUCAGCAAGCUGAACAAAGCCUUCUCAGCACUGCCUGUCUCCCCAUGUCAAAUGGAGCCUCCUGCAAAAAAGGUGAAACUGGAUUUGUGUAGCAGCAAUGAUCUGAAGAAAGAGUCUCCCAAGGGAUGUUCAGGAGCUGAGCUCGAUGGAGGCAGGUCAGUCACUGCUGUGACCAGCCUGUCACCACUGCUGGCUUUUCAUCGUGUGCAUUGUAUUGUUCUUCUGCAUGCCAAGAGACAGGAGCCUCAAAGUGACAGCUUACAGCAGAGCAAAAAGAUUGCUGUGUUCUGUGGGAAGAUUUCCUUGAGUCUGGAAGAUAUUUCAAGUGGAAAACAUUCAGUAAAGAUGCUAAGAGAUAAUGGAUACUGCACAGGUUCCAUGGAAGACAUACUUGCUGUCCUUGCUGUGGCUUCCAGAUUCUCCUUUCAGGUUGUGUCUGCCGCAUGCACGUUGACUCCAGUCAGCUCCUGGUUACUGGGAGAAAUGGAGUGCAUGCCGUUUAAGGAAUGCAAAGCCAACCUAUUCUGUCACCAAGCAGGAAAUGUGUAUGGGACAAUUCUCAACUGGACCUUGAAGAAUCCGUUGGAAGGAAUUCUGACAUUAUUCUGCAGAAACCUGACUGUCUUGUUCCAGUGCCUUCACAGCCUUAGAAGAGUUCUGCCAGCGAGCUGUGAAGUAAAACUGCUGAGAUCUGGCAGCAGAGAGGCACUUUCUGAACAGCUGGCACUGGCUUUGGAGAAAGAAAUGCUCACCUCAAGAAAUUCUUUCUUCUCAACACUCACCUCAGGAAGUUCUUUCUUCUCAAAAGAAAGUAAAGCUGACAGUACUUUUACAUGGGGGAGCACGCCUAACAGGAAAGUCAGCAGUGCUGCUGUGGCUUCCUUACUGGAGAGAGAGGGAGGAGUUGAGCAAUUCAGAAAGAAGCUGCAGAGUGAACAGGACAAGGGUGUGCUGAGCAUGGCUCAGACCAUGACUGCUGCCCUGUACCAGGAGGUGACUUGGAAAAUAGCAGAAGCUCAGCUCAGUUCAGACAUGAUUGUGUGGAGACUAAGCAAGUCCUAGGAACCAGGCACGAAGUGUAUUUUGAAUGCAGUUUUAUUAAAAGUGGACUAGUCAAUAAUA